AUGGCCGGCCGCCUCCUCGCCGCCCCUCUCCUCCUCCUUGUGCUCCUCCAGCUCCCCGUGCCGUCCCAGGUGCACGCGUACCCGCUCGCGGCGGCACACUCUGGUCGGUGCCGAAGGCCGGAGGAGAGGCCGCCGCCGUUCCUCCAGGGGCUCCGGCGAACCUGCCGCACCGCGACGGAGGGGCACCCGGCCGAGGAGGUUAAUGGGGAGGAACUUAUCAGAGAGUUGGGUGGAAAGGAGUACACUGCUGUCCUCUUCUAUGCAUCAUGGUGCCCUUUCUCUCAUAGAAUGAGACCAAUCUUCGACGAUCUUAGCUCAAUGUAUCCACAUAUUAAGCACUUGGCUGUAGAACAGUCCAACGUGAUGCCAACAGUUUUAUCAAGAUAUGGUGUCCGCAGCCUUCCUUCUAUACUAAUAGCACAUGAGUCAUAUGCAUUUUGGCCUCUUGUUGCCAAAGAUCUCAACUCACUGGUCAACUUCUACUCUGCUGUUACUGAGACUCUGUUCGAUGCAGGACAAGAACCAGUUGCAUAUCUUGGUCCACGGAAGGGGAACACAACCGAAAGAAGCACACAGUAUGCGAAGCUUUGGAGUGGUUCAGUCAGCGAAUCAGUGAAGAGCGAGCCCUACCUAGCAUUCAGCAUCCUCUUUAUUUGCCUGAGGAUAUUCUUGUUCUUCUUCCCAAAGUUCUUCGCCUGCAUCAAAGGCUUGUGGGCCCAAUACUUCCGGCAUGCCAACUUUGGAGUCCUUGCCAAAUUGACCCAGCUGCUCGAAUGUGUGCCCCAUGCCGUGGAUGUAAGGAAGAUGUGGAGCAAAUGGAGGCUCAUGGUUGGAGCCAUAAACAUGAGAGUCUGGGCAUCAUCUCUAGCUUCCGUGUCUCUUGGUGGGCAAUCUUCCCCCCGAGCUGCUACAUUGGAUUGA